UAAAACUAAAAAGCCAGCUGUGGGUUUAUCACUCUCCCCUACCUUUUUUUCCUUUUAUAAAAAAUCAAAGCCGAAGAAGAUUUCUCCAACGCCUUCUUUUUUCACUUCUCAAUCCAUUUUCACAUUUCCGAUAGUUUCGGCUGCGAUUUUCUCAAUUCUUUAGAGAUUUUAACUUAAUUUACAAUCUACAUUGUUCUUCGAUAUCCCGAUCUGCAGCCGCCGUAGAUAAAUGGAGAAAGUGAUUUUAGAGGAAAAGGAUGCAGUUGAUUGGAUCUAUAGAGGAGAAGGAGCUGCUAAUCUUAUUCUCGCUUACACUGGAUCGUCUCCCGCAUUUAUUGGGAAAGUGCUGCGAAUACAAAAGUCGCAACGGAACGGCAACAGUGGCGUGAAAGAAGGCAGAGCUUUAACAACGCAUGAACGGCUUCUUUGGCGAGAAAAUAAGGAGCUAACGGCGUCGUCAAACAGAGAGAUUCUAGAACAGCUUUACGUCAAACAUGUUAUGAUCCCAUUGUUAGGCCCAAAACAUGUCGAUGUUGGGAUUCGUGUUCUUGUUACUAAGGAAUUCCUUAAGUCCGUUGAGAAGAAUGUGACUUGUCACCGGCCUGCUUGGCGAGUUCACUCAUCCCAGGUUGAUGUAAAUCGUGAUUCUGUGCUAAUCUUAUCUGAUCAUUCGAUCUUUCCCGAUGGUAAUCUUAAAGGUGAACCAUGUAUAACUGUUGAGAUAAAGCCCAAAUGUGGAUUUCUCCCAUUUUCAAGAUUCAUAACUGAAGAAAAUGCUGUUAAGAGAAAUGUAGUUCGGUUUAGAAUGCACCAAGCACUGAAGUUGCAUAAUCAAGAGAUAUCAGAAUAUAGUGAAUAUAAUCCGCUGGAUUUAUUCUCUGGAUCCAGAGAAGGGAUACAAAAAGCUAUUGAAGCUCUGUAUGCCACUCCUCAGAACAAUUUCCGUGUAUUUCUGAAUGGUUCUAUUGUAUUUGGGGGUUUGGGUGGUGGCACGAACAGCACUACUGUUCAGGUUGGUGAGGCCUUUGAAGAUAUACUUAAGAAUGUCAUUCAGGCAGAUAAUGGCCAGCGCACAACUAGUUUUCUACAGCUUGUUGCUGAGACAAUUUAUAUUUCUGGUGCUUUAGAACAACUUCUUGAAGUUCAGAAGCUUGAUACUUAUGACAUUGAGGGGGCGAUUCAUGCUUAUUACAACAUAAUUUCUCAACCUUGUAUGGUCUGUAGAGAAUUGUGUAAAGAUAAAUUAUCAUGCCGCUAUACCUCUUUGCACUCCAUUCCAUUGGAUCAAAGCUUGAAGAUUGUAAAGGACUAUCUGAUAGCUGCAACUGCGAAGGACUGUAGUCUGAUGAUUAGUUUUAGACCAAAGGAAGAUGGUAGACUCCCUUCUCACAAUACUGUAUAUCUAGGAUCAACUAACCAAGCUUUUGAGUGCAAGGUGUAUUUCAUUGAUCUGGAUCUGAAACCCUUGAAGAAAAUGGAGGCUUAUUACGAGUUAGAUAAGAAAAUUGUUAGCUGCUAUUCUCAGAUGGUGAAAACUGAGCAUGAAACAGAUAAAGCUGUUACAAUAAACUCCAAUGGAAGUGUACGAGAUCAAAGAUACGCAUUAGAAGACGGUUUGUUUACUGAAGGUUGUACUGGUAAGUGCAAGUAGUUCUUAUUAUAUGAUCCCUGAACUGUUGUUGUAAAAGUAAAGGUUGCAAGGAGCCAAGAUGAUUAACUCGUCAUUAGGCUCAAGUUCUUCCUUUCACCACUUUUUGGGGCUUUUGGAUUUCCCUUGGAGAAAAUAAUCUCUUGUGUGUAUCUUUUGCUUAAAGAUUUAUUUGAGUUGAUAUCCUUUUUGUUUUC